CCCUCUUCUCACUUGCUCUUGCUCACCCCACAGGCCACAGGCCACACCACAGUCCACUCUUUUCCCCGCUGCCACUCGCCACUCCUACCGCGUCCCCGGAGCUAUGAAGGCCGCCGUCGAUCACCACCACGGCCUCCACUCCCCCACGCCGGCAGCGGCGACCAAGAUCUCGAUCCCCAUCUCGUCUGGCGAGGCGGCACUGUUCGGGAAGGGCAGGUACAAGGCGUGGGCCCUCGCGGCCAUCGCGCUCCUCGCGCUCUGGUCCAUGUUCGCCGCUUCCGUCACCCUGCGCUGGUCCUCCAGGGAGCUCGCCGCCACGUUGGGGGACGCGAGCGAUCCGCUCAUCGACGAACUCGAUCCCCUCGAGAUGGAGCAAAGGGAAAAGCUUGUGCGCCGGAUGUGGGAUGUCUACACGCGCACGGGCGAUCACGUAAGGCUUCCACAGUUCUGGCAGGAAGCAUUUGAGGCUGCAUAUGAGGAGCUUGCUGGUGAUGAUACGCAGGCUACUGAUGCGGCUAUAUCUGAGAUUGCUCGCAUGUCAGUCCAUAGGCCUGAGGUUGAGCAGUCGUGGAAUAAGAAUUAGUUGAUGUACCUGCACUAUGGCAAACAUACGUAUUGAAAUACUACUACUAGUUUCCAAACUUCUAUGAUAAACUGCACUUGGUAUAUAGGCAAGGGAAAGAGAAGAUUUGGUUGUAAAUUACCAACUCAAAGAGUAGUUGGUAAUCUGACAAAAACAUGAAAAUUGUAGGUACAGGUGCUGCAAAUUUCUCAAUGGAAAAAAAAUAUAGAAAGUUCCUACAAUAACUUUUGACAUGUUGUGCUUGUAAUUAUGCAUACAUGGUCUGUUAAGCUUGAUGCCACUUGCUAAUGUCAGUGAAUUAUGUGCUUGAUGUAAAUUUCCUGUUUUUUUGUAUGUAAUAGAUAGUAGAGUAUAAUGAUUAAGGAUGUUAACUUCAAAAAAAAAAUGAUUUAAGGAUGAAACAUCAAACAUGCAGUCAUGGUUCAAGUUACUUCCUUUACCUAUUGUCGUGGUGUGCAAACCCACAGCCGGGUGUCGUACUACACCCGCCUAAACCCAGAGGGUGAGUACUCGGGGGUAACUAGGAUUAGCACAAUCUAGAUGAUAAAACACGAUGAACACAUCAGGUUUAGAGUGGUUCGGGCCGCCGGAGCGUAAUACCAUACAUCCACUGUGUGUUGUAUUGCUUGUGCUCUCCUUGGCCUUUGAGAGUGUCGAGAGAGUCUGGAGUGUGCAGCGAGCGCCUCCCUUUUAUAUCUCAAGGGAGGCGCGUAUAUGGCUGUUGAGUCCCCGACAGGUGGGCCCAACGAUGUUGUACUUAAUACGAAUGGCCUAGCGCUAUUAUGGUGCUACGCCUGAGAAAGAUCUUAUUCCGGGAUUUCCUUGCCUUGCCCGUGGGAAUCUUCCGUCCGGCAUAGCCAUGCCCUGUCUUGUCGAAACGGCGCCAGGGCGUAGCUUGCGGCGUAGCUUGCUGUAGCCUGC